CUUAUAGUCUCGCCACAAAAAGCAUUUAAAAAUAUUAGCGGGCGGAGCCGUAACGGGAAGAGGGAUAUUAUUUAAAAAUUGUGCACACAUAUAGCGCGUUCAAAUUUUCCAUGCAACAGACGAAACCAGCGCUGCGCGGCGUUAUCGGUACUACGAAUUUCCAACCAGAAUGUGUCUCACGUUUGCCGUCGAAAAGAGUACGGAGUUAUGUCUCCUUUCCUUUUCCUACUUGUUGAAAAAGCUCACGCAGAAAAUCAGGACAGUGAGUUAUUUCAAGGAUUUCCUUACGCUCUACAAUCAAAUAUCUGACACAUGCUUCAAACGAUGUACAAAUACAUACAAUUCCAGAGACAUGGAUGUGGAUGAGGAAGCUUGUGUAAAUAACUGUGCCCAGAAGCAUGUAAAAGCGAAUACCAAAAUGAUGAAAGUCUAUAUGGAGGUACUACCUCUUUUAAUGAAUAAAAGGACAGAAGAAAUGAAUGCUGCUCAAGCUGCAGCUAUGGCACAGCAGCAACAACUGCAGCAAGACACUCAAGACACAGAAACUAGUCAAAAUUUACGACAAAGUCAGCCACUGGUCUGACCCACAAUUUAGCCUUUCGUUUUAUGUGAUUUAAUAUUUUAUAUUACAUUAUUUUAUAAUAUGAUAUAUUUAUUUUACUUUAUGCUGUUCACCUUUUCAAUAUUGUCAGGAUGUGGUAUGUUGCUCAGCUGUUCCUUGUUUGGCAAUAGGGUCAAAAUAAGAUUGCUUUGAGCCUCCUUGUCAUACUGAUUGUUGGUACUGGUCUUUUAUGAUUCAAGGAUUCCUUAAGGACCAGCAUUUUUCAAUUCAUGGCUCUCCUUAUUAUGCGCUUCGUAAUGGCAGUCAUUUGAAACAGAUAUCCUCUCAGGAACGUCUUUCUUACAGUAGGCUGGUAGCAGCGAGAUUGUUUUGCAAGCAAUAUGUAAUACGUCUUCCUCCUGUUGUAUGCAGCGGUUGGGAGUGUAAUCAUAGUUAACUACUCUGUAAAUAUUUUCAACGUAUAAAAACUGAAUUUGUUCAUUCAACCUUUGCAUUGUGUAACUGUAUGUACAUAUUUUUCUUACCAUAUUCUCUGGUUCUUUGCAUUUCAGAUAUUGAGAAUGAGUCAAUGGCAAAAGUACAAGUAUUCAGUUUAUUAGAUUUUCUACAUAAAUUGUGAUAUAUCAUCUUGCUAAGAUUGGAAAUCAAAAUGUAAACAAAGCAAAGACCAGUUUCGUCUUAAUUAAUACAUAUUUGCAAGGAACAUUGAAUAUUAUAACAUUACUUUUCGAAUGAUUCUAGGUAAGUAAUUGGUUGAAAUUUUUCAGUCUGACCGUCGUACUGUUGAUAAAUAAUAAGCCAAUUAGUUCAAAUAAUAAUACAGGGCCGUACAUAUUACAUAAGCAUUGAUUUAUUAUUGAAAAUGUGUGUAUAUACAGAAUACGGUAUGUAUGUAUAUGUAUAUAUAUGAAUAAUAUUAUUACAGUUUUGUUAUAAUAUCAGAACACGACUACAAUAUAUUGCCUCAAUACACUGUUUUAAAGUUUAACGGUUCUCUGUCGUCAAUUUGCUAAAAAUAAUAGCAUGAACCAAGUAAAAUGAUAUUGUUGCAUUUGAAAGUAAUAGUGUUUUAAAAUUUUAUAAUGCUCACACAAGCUUGUAGUAAAUAUCAUUUUGAUUGUUCAAUUCAAACGUCAAAAUAUCUCUCAAGAUCUGACGUAAUAACAUACUGCUUUCUGAAACUACUACUUUCCCUUUUUUUUUUUUUUUUUCGACAUUGUAACAGAUUCACAUCUAAAGCUGUCACAAAUACUGGUGUGGAAUACUAACAGUUUUAAAACCCAUGUGACAGCAGACGUGGUUACACAAAUUACUAUAUGUGCAAUGGUCUACAUAAUGUACCUGUGAUGUGUAUGAGAUCAGCGACAUUUCAGUCUGUACAUCAAGUAAUCGUAAUUAGGAAUGCAACUUUACAUUUUUUCUUAGCAAAGCAAAUUCAAUUAAAAUCGCGUAAAUUACUGAUAGGAAUCUAUUGCAUGUAACAAAAGG